GGGGAAAUUCCAUGCCUGCCCAAAUAUCAGAUGGUCAGAGGGAUAGCAGCAACAUAAAUUACAGACUUGUUAUUAUUAUUAUUAUUAUUAUUUAAAAGAGAAAAAAAAAAUUCCUCUCCGUCGAAGCAAGAAUCGGAAGACGACGACGUCGCCGCCGCCACUGCCGUGCUAACUACCGUCACCACCGCAGGGAACAAAGAGUAUCGAAGAGGAUUAAAUGAAUUACUUGGAGAAUGGCGUGUUCAUGCCCGAAGAUCUCGGCAGUUGGGGACUUGACGAUCUGGUUCCCAGCUACUAUGAUUCCAGUUCGCCGGAGGGAGUUCUAUCGCCAUCGGCGGCUUCGAAGAACAUAGUAUCGGAGAGGAAUAGGAGGAGGAAGCUUAAUGAUAGGCUUUUUGCACUUCGAGCGGUGGUUCCAAAUAUUAGUAAGAUGGAUAAGGCUUCCAUUAUUAAAGAUGCAAUCGAUCACAUUCAGAAGUUGCGUGAACAAGAGAGGAGGAUUGAAACUGAAAUUUAUGAGCUCGAAGCGGGAAAGUCAAAGAAGAAGAUAACGCGGUAUGAGUUUGAGCAGGAGGUGCCAUUGUUGCAUACACCAAAGAGGACUAAAACAGAGCAGUUCAGCUAUUACGAUUCUUCUGCUACAAGAUUUUCUCCCAUUGAAGUGCUGGGUUUAAGUGUAACGUAUAUGGGGGAAAGAACAAUCGUGGUGAGCUUAACAUGUUGCAAAAGAGCAGAUUCAAUGGUUAAACUAUGUAAAGUUUUUGAAUCACUGAAGCUCAAGAUCAUCACUGCCAAUAUCACUGCUGUCUCUGGAAGGCUUUUGAAAACUGUGUUCAUCGAGGCUGGACAAGAGGAGAGAGAUCUCUUGAAGAUUAAAAUAGAAACAGCCCUUGCAGGUCUUAAUGAUUCCCAAAGCCCCGUGAGUAUCUAAUCUAAGCCAACAAACCGAAAAACACACACGAGUGAGAUCGAUGAACACAAACCAUCUUAGCCAUUUGAAAAAUGGUUCCCUCUCCCUGCUCAUAGUUUUCCAUUUUUGCUCUUUAUUGUGGUUGUCAAGUCACAUAAAGUGUGUUUCAUAGAUCAAGAGUUCUUCAAGUGGUUCAUAAAAUUCUUUUCUUGGUCCUAAGAGGGAACAACCAUUUGGUUUGUUGGUUCGAAAUCACAAAUCUCGAGGUUUUGAAAUUCAAGGAGUUAGUAUGCUUUUAGAUUGCAUUUUCACAAAUCUCGAGGUUCGAAAUUCACAAAUCUCGAGGUUUAGGAUUAGUAUGCUUUUAGAUUGCAUUUUCCAAUCUGUACUUGAUAAUUUGAUUUUGAAGCUUAUCAAUAGUUUGAUCAAUUUUGUUUGAAGUAA